AUGGAGUAUUCCACCAGUCUUUCUUCCCCAACGCUGAAACCUUCUUUGGCAUCUUUUUCCAGAAAACCAGUGGGAUUUCGGCAGCGUGGCAGAAAAAUUAGAGGCAUUGCGUUUGGGAGGAGAAGAGAUUCGUACGAAUACUGGAGAGAGGGACAAGUCGUUGAUGAGCAGAUGAUUGUGUUGAGGAAAAGAAUCCAUGAGAUGAAAAUGGUGGAGAGAAAUUACGAGCCACCGGCGGAGUGGAUGGAGUGGGAGAAGGAGCUCUAUGCUGGUUACGACGAGUUGAUUUGCAGAGGUGUUGGAUUGUUGCAGGUGCAGCUGAUGAAUUGCAGGCCGAGUGUGGGUCUGGGUCUGGUGGCGCUUAUCAGUUUGAGUGUCCCCGCGAUGACAUUCGUAGUUUUGAUUAGGAUGAUGGAGACGGCUAAUGGAGUUUUCUCUUCUCUUCAUUUUUGA